GUCUCCUUCCGCCGGCCAUGCAUUCUUCCGGCUCCCGCAGCCCGGGCCGGGCCUCGGUCUGCCCGAGGUAACGUGGGGCGCGGCGGGCCGGGCCCUGGCGGCUGGGGGGCGGGGAACGGUGCCGCUGGUCGCGUGGCCUGCGAAGGAGGAGGAGGAGGAGAAGGCGGCGGCGUCCCGAGGGCCGAGGGCGCGGUAGGCCCCGGGGAGGAGGCGGGGGCGCGCGCGGGGCAUCGCCCGCCUCCCCGGGACCCGCCCCGGUGACAGGUCCGGCCUCUGAGUCCCCACCGCGCCUCUGUCCGCAGGCAGCCGCGAGGGGACUAGGGCGCCCGCGCGCCCGCUCGCGCCUCGGGCCGCCUGGGCCGCCGCCGCGUCCAUGACCGCGACCCCCGGGCCGGGGAUUCCUGCCGCCGCCGCCGCCGCCGGCCCUCAAUCCUGUCGCCGCUCGCCGCCUGCGCCCGUUGAGACGGGAGCGACGCCAAUGUGAGCAUGGCUGUGACCGUGGAAGAAGCUCCGUGGAUGGGCUGGGUCGUCGCGAAAGCCCUGAUGAGAUUUGCCUUCAUGGUCGCCAACAACCUGGUUGCUAUUCCAUCCUACAUCUGCUAUGUAAUCAUACUGCAGCCCCUUCGGGUGCUGGACAGUAAGCGCUUCUGGUAUAUCGAGGGACUCAUGUACAAAUGGCUUUUAGGAAUGGUGGCGUCCUGGGGAUGGUACGCUGGAUACACAGUGAUGGAAUGGGGGGAAGAUAUUAAAGCAAUUUCUAAUGAUGAAGCGGUGAUGUUGGUGAACCACCAGGCAACUGGAGAUGUGUGUACAUUGAUGAUGUGCCUACAAGACAAAGGACCGGUUGUCGCCCAGAUGAUGUGGCUGAUGGAUCAUAUUUUCAAGUACACAAACUUUGGAGUUGUUUCUCUGAUUCAUGGGGACUUCUUUAUAAGGCAGGGAAGAUCCUAUCGUGACCAACAGCUGCUGGUUCUCAAGAAGCACCUAGAACAUAAUUACAGGAGCAGGGAUCGAAAAUGGAUUGUUUUGUUUCCUGAAGGGGGCUUCCUCCGGAAGAGGAGAGAAACAAGCCAGGCAUUUGCCAAGAAGAAUAACUUGCCAUUUCUUACACAUGUCACUUUGCCAAGGUUUGGGGCAACAAGCAUUAUCCUGAAUGCACUUGUAGCACGGCAGGAAAAUGGAAGUCCAGCAGGAGGAGAUGCUAAAGGCCUAGAGUGCAAAUCAAGAGGCCUCCAGUGGAUAAUAGAUGCAACCAUAGCUUAUCCCAAUGCUGAGCCAAUAGAUAUUCAGACCUGGAUCCUUGGGUACCGGAAGCCGACAGUCACUCAUGUUCAUUACAGGAUUUUUCCAAUUAAAGAUGUGCCCUUGGAGACGGAUGACCUCGCCAGGUGGCUGUAUCAGCGGUUUAUUGAGAAGGAGGACCUCUUGUCCCAUUUCUACAGAACAGGAGCCUUUCCUCCUCCCCAGGGCCAGAAGGAAGCUGUUUCCAGGGAGAUGACCCUCAGCAACACGUGGAUAUUCCUCAUUCAGUGCUUCGCAUUUUUGUCAGGCUAUCUGUGGUACCACAUCAUUCAGUAUUUUUACCAUUGCCUAUUUUAGGAAAUGAUUUGGACUUGCCACAUAGGAGGAGUUCAGACUUCAUACAUGUGCUUUAUUUUACAUGUGCAAAUCUAAAUAUACAAAUCAAAAUAUAUAAAAAGCAAAGGAAAUUCAAAUGGAUGGAUUAAUGUUUAUCCCCCUUUGGGAUAUUUUAAAACUCUACUACAAUGAGGAUCAGUAAUACAAUGAAGUGCUAAUGUAUUUUAAGAACUUUUCAUGUUUUAAGGAGAUACACUCUAUCGUAUGUUUAUGCAAGCAUCACACUGGGAGAAGAGGAAAUCAUAAAAUCAUCCUAGAAGACUUGGAAAGAAACUGUUGCCACCAGAUGCCCUUGGUCAUGCCCCAGUUCAGAAGCUGUGCUCCUCUAUUAGGGCGGAGCUUCACAGUGUUAAUGUGUCCACCCGUCAUGCUGAGGACUAGUCACCUUCUCUAACAAGCUGCAGUCCUCAAUCCUGGCUGAGGAGCAGUGUCCACUGUCCACGGAACCACUGUAUCCUGGGAAGGCUAGCUCACCCAGCACCAUGCUAACAUGUGCUAGUGUUCUCCCUCUGUCAGGGAAGGGGAGCACCACUUUCUCUUUGGUAUAGAAGGCACAUCAUCGAGUGAUAAUUGUAGUUUACAAAAUGCACUUUUAUCAGAUGCAAAUAUAACAAAGGGUAGUAACAGCCGGAAACAAAAGGAAGCCUCGUCAUGAGCAGGCUCUCAGGAGGCUGUCCUGUCUGCGUGCUUGCCCAUGAUGCACCUCCCUGACCCCACUCCCCUCCCCCAACUUUAACAUAGUAGCACCAAAUGUAUUUGAGGGCAGUUAAAGCAAAUUAAUGCAAACAUUUAAAUGACCAGUUUAAGGGAAGUAGACUAGCAUAUUAGGAAAUAAAACAUAGAAGCAGACAUUGGCUUGCAGUAUUGACAGGGCCUCCAGGUGCCUCCAGAAUCUGUGCAGACAUCAGUGUGUUCUGUCAUUAUGUCAAGCGGCUGCUCUUCUCAGGGUAGCAGGACCAGGAGACGGCAACUCAGGACACCUCCCAGUCUCUUCCAGUUGUUUUUGAAGAGGGCAGAGUCAGGCAAGUUUCUGUCAUUGUGUUCUUGUGAUUUACCUCACAGGAGAACCAGACUUUGCAAAAAGUACAGACACUGCAUCAGUAUUGAGACAGAGGGUUUGGUUUAGGAUAAUAAAAUGUUUAAACCUGAAUAAGGCAGCUGGAGUUUCGCGUGGCAUGAACACUGUAGAUUCCCCUAUUGUGGCUAACAGCACAAAUAACAAUUCUGAGAAAUAGGCUGUAAAACAAAAGUAAAGACUAAUGUUUUCUGUUUUUCAAAUAAAGCAAAAAAAAAAAAAAAAGAGGAAAAGAUGCAAAUUUCCCCACUUGUACGGGAAAGGCUGAACUACACCAAAUAAAAGCUUCAUCUUCAGCAAACCCAGAGCACAUGUGGAAGGGAAUGACAUGUUAGCUGGCGUACCUCACCACACCACACCACUGCUGUUACUCUGCAGGAGACCUCUGUUUGCUCUGGUUUACAGUGACAGUGAAUAGGUGGAGAAAGCUGCUUCACCUGGAAAUGACGGGCAGCCAGAGAGAAGCUGCUCAGUGCUUCUAUCUGAGGCCCAGGAAAGGCUGGGUGAAUCUAAUGGAGGCAUCAGCCGGCCAUCUGGGGGAGAAGUUGUUCACUAGCUAGCAGCCUAUUUAAGCCACAGACUGCAGUGGCCAGCUCCUAGGACAUGAUCUUUGAAUAUACCGUACAUGGGGAACCCGCUCCCCUAAGAGGCAUCACUUUCAGAUGCAGUUUGAUUUUCACAGUCUCUAGAGUGACAAAUAAUGAUAGAUUUGUGUAACUUUUGAUAAUAUACCUGAGCUACAAAUAGAUAUGUAUUUGAUCUGUCCUACACAUCUUCAGUUCAUUCAACGUGUCUUCUGUGUGCAAAGCCUGUUUGAGAGUAUUGAUAGUAGUUCCUUAUCCGGAACUGGAGUCCACCUGCCUGAGCUAAUUAGGAAAUGUGAAGAACAGGUAUUCUUCCUAACAGUCUGGGGAAACUGCAAUAUGCCACUGUAGAGAACAGAAUAAAUUUCCCAUUUGUACUGUGUGUGAAGAAAGGAAAUUAAUGUCUCAAGAUAGGAGGAAAAGUGAGUAAAGCCACACCAGUUUGUAAAGGCAUCCUUUAGGGUUGCUGCUCUUUGUCCUCAGCUGCAGAGAGGCUGGGCAACUCGCUGCUAGAGUCCUUGGACCACAGACAAGACCGAGCAACAGCUCACCUCGCCCAGUUUCAGAAAUACAUGUGUGACUGAGCAGCCCAUAAGCAGUGGAAGCAAAGAAAAGCCAGAAAGGGAUGAAGCUUGAAUGGAUGAACUAGUUAGACGAGAAUUUAGUAAAGUGUGAAGCGAUAGCUGUGGGUUCAGAUCUGUCAUUUAUUAGUGUUUGGUGUUACAGCUCUUAAAUUCCUAUCGCAAAGAACUUGGGAUUGCUGAAUAAGUAGUCAAUUACAGGGUAGUUAAUUCAGUAUUAAGUCAUAGGAAGCCAAACAAUAAUUUUUUGUAGGAAUUUCAGACAACCAGCAGGAAGAGAAGGCACCAAAGCCAGCAUAACCUGUGGGCUGGACGGGCAUCUCUGAACAAGACAGAGUUGGUGCAGCUGAAAUUGGCCCACCCAUUGCGGCCUCUGAUGUGGUCGUCUGGAUCAGUGUUGGAAAUGCCGCUUCAUUCAUGGCCAUGUGUGUGGCUCCCUUCUUAUUAAUUUGUCUUAGUGAUGUGUUUUGACAAUCAGUAAACACCGAAGACUCUUAUCAACUUGGUCCCGGUUGUAGUCACAGAAAGUAGUCUUUGACCACAGGAGUCUUCUGUGUCCCAUUCAUGUUUGUUUGCAUUACUGAACAGGAGGAGUUAACUAAUGUUUUGUGGUUUUUAUCCUUUUCUUUGAAGUCACUGCACAACAGUGAACAGAGAAUUUUCCUCCAGAGUUACUAUUACAGAAAGUGUAUUCAGCUCUGUCCCACAAAGGGUGGAAGAUAAUGGUGUCUUCUAUGGGAUUUUUGCCCUAUGAGUGCUGUGAGCCUUCCAGCUGCAGGCAGGAGAGUCAAAGGAGCUCUGAGUUACAGGUGUGCUAGUUCGUGUCGUGAUGGGUAGACACUGUUUGGGACCAAAACCACCUAAGUUGGAAAUUUCUGGAUCACAGAGGAGCCUGGCAUACUCUGAAGCAGUCAGUGGUUGGUGCUGUGUGGCAGUCAUUUUGUAUCAGCCCCCAGUAGUUACCAAGUGGGCUCUGAGAAGAAGCUGCAGGUUCCCAACUGUUGGGGAAGAAUGGCAUAGUCACGUAAGGUGCAGUCUUGGGCUAUCUGCAGAAAUGCCAUCUGAGGAAUUUUUACAUUUAAUAUUUUUUUAAAACAGUCUUAAAGAGCAAAAAAAAUGUAUGUAUAUUAUAGUUGCAAAGUAUGCAGAUGCUUUGAAUGAUUUUAUUUUUAUUGUGUAAAACUGUUGAACACGACUGUGGUGCACAAAUUCUUUACAUGUAAGGAGCCUGCAUUUUACAGGAACAUCUUUUGAUUGGGUAAUGAGACAGUUAUACAUUCAACUGCCAUUGUUUUUAUUAAGUGCUUUCACUUCCUUUGCAAUUAUUACAAAGUUGUAUUUAUUUUCUACAGAUGCAUUUUUGUUUUCAUAAUGCUGUAAUGUUUACUUCAGCUUGUUGAACUUUCUUUGUGAUCCGCAUGUCACAGUGUGUUUUAAGAAUGUCUGUAAAGGCUGAGGAAACUGCAAUUUACUUCUGUAAAGGGCUGGUCACGUGUGGAUCUGGUUUCUGAAUGCAUUAGGGAUGAUUUUACCAGAUUACCUUUUCAGAAACUUAGAUAUUGUGAAUACCAAAAGAAGCAUUUUCUCAGCAAAAAUUAAUAGCUGGUUCUAUUUUUUUUUAAUGUAGAGAAAAUAAAGUUGAUUCUUUUUUUUCCAAAACAAUGCUUUUAAUUCUUAAUAGUGGGGACGGGUAUCUGUGCUGUGCUGGAGCUUCACAGUGUGAACCGCUGGCGCUCGUGCCUGGAGCUCAGCAUUCAGUGGCUGGUGAGAAAACCAUCUGCUUCCUUCCAGGACUUAAAAGAUUUGCCCUUCCUCAAGUCUUCUCAUUUGUUGCGUGAUGGUAAAUGUUUAGCAGUCCUCUCUCUUGGAGAAAAUUAGGUAUGUAAGUGCACAUACAUAUGUAAUAAAUUUUGCUUAUAAGAGAUAUUUAAUGCAGUUAGCAAAUAAUAAAAUAUAAUUGGUUUUUACAUUAUAAUUGUCAUUGCUGAACCCUCAGAGCCAACCUGUGACUGAAUAUCAACCAUGAUUUGAUUGAUAGCGUGAUGUCCUGAUACCUAACCAUCUCCACAUAGACUGUUAAUCAAUCUAGUGUUUGACUUAUUACUAGACUCUUACCCUUGUACAGAGCCUCCUUUUAGCUUCAGCAUUAAUUAGUUUAGAUAAUUCAUUUUUAAUUAUAUUAAAACCCUAAAAUUAAAUAAGAAGCCAGUCGAUGGUGCACACCUUUAAUGCCGGCACUCAGAAAGCAGAGCAGGCAGAUCUCUGAGUUUGAGGCCAGCCUGGUCUACAGCAUGAAUUAGUUCCAGGACAGCCAGGGCUACACAGAGAAACCUUGUCUCAAAAAACCAAAACCAGUAAACAAUUGAUCACCUCUUGGAGGCAAGUCAGAAAGUCAGAGCUACCUUCACCUCAAUACUGUCGUCUUUCUGUGUUUUGAUUUGACUUCAUUAUUAUUAGCAUUGGAUACAAUUCUCAGAAUUGAUUUACUCAUUGCUCCUUGCAGGUUGUGAAUUGUGGGAAAAGCACGGAUAUGGCCGUGGGGAGUCUGACGGCAGAUAGCCUUUCAGGGCGCACGGUGGCCAGCACAUGGCCAGCACGCUUCGCCUCUCGGAGCUGAGUAAAUGCAGGACAAAGCAUUGAUGGUUUAAUUACUUGUUUGUAAAAUAUGUUUGACCCUGUUGAGAACUUUUAAUGUAUUAAAAUAUCUCGCACAAUCCUACCAAAUAAGUUAAGUAGUUAGCGUUCAGUCUACCUCUUCUUUUCCUGGCUGGAUUUAGGCUGCUGGUUGGGGGAGGCUGCAGUUUUAUUUCCCCUAUGAAGUACUUUAUGUGGAGAACAGCAGAUUUGGGGCUCUCUGAGAUCUGUUGCUGACCAGCCCUACACCCCACAAGGUGGGGGAAAGCCAUUGUUUUUAAUUCCCACUUAAUAUGAAAAUGUUUGUUUUAGAAAAAUGUUUCUUGCUGGUGAAAAAUGUAUUUUUAAAAGGAAAAACCAAAUCCUCUUUUGGUCCGAGGAGUCAGCUGUAUGAGCAGGUGUGACCGUGUCAUAACAUGCUGAUGUCAUAGAAAUCAAUAAAUUUUUACCUCUCAGGA